AUGGCUACCCCCAGUGUCCUUACCUUUGAUGCUGAGGGUCGGGCUGUUGACUUUGAGGUCUGGGUCGAUGAUGUACAACUUUUCCUACAGUGCGAUAGGACAAACGGUCUCUCCCUGUUCGAUCUCACGUCUGGUCCCUCUCCUGCCCCUCCUGCCGAUGCUGACAGCACUGUUCGCUCACAGUGGGCCACACGCGAUGCAGCUGCCCGUCUUGCUAUGCGUCGCCACUUACCGACCACUGAGCGUGCGCAUUUUAGUCAGUACAAGAGUGCUAAGACCUUGGACCACUUCCUCUCUCUUUGCCCCACCACACUCUCCGUUGACCUCCUCGAGGAGCGCCUCCUGGCAGUAGAGAAGAGUAUAGUCGCUGUAGGAGCCUCUCGUGGUGACCCUCGUACCCCCUUCUUUGAGGGGUGUUCCCCCUCCCCCCUCUUGCCCUCUGUUGCCUCUGCUGCUGCGGCCGACCUCGUUGGCCUCGAGUCGGUCGGAGCUGCGUCUGCACCUAGCGGGAGACGCCGCACUGGCAAGGGCAAGGGGGGCAAGGGCGCUAGAGAAGCUGGGGGGGGCGGUGGAGGUGGCAGUGGAGGCGGUGGAGGGGGUGGGGGUGGUGGUGGGAGUGGUGGCGGGGGUGGGGGCCGGGGUGGGGGUGCUAGUCCCUGUACCUACGUCCUCCGUACCGGCGACCGCACUUGUGAGUAG